AAAUGCUUUAAAACUAGGUAAAGAAGAUACCUAACCUCCCCCACCAAUUAGAGCUAAGAACCCUCCCAUCUUAAAAUUCUUUACCUUGCUGCUAAUCUCGAAGUCUUUUCUCUACUUCAUUAGGAAUUCAUCUUCCUUCAUAACCAUAAGAAUUGCCACAAAACACCAAAAACCGAAUGUUGUCACUCCUAGAGUGCCAAUUGUUAUUUGCCACCAAUUAUGGUCCAGAAAUUAAUAUAUCAGCCCCCUCCCCGAACCCAUUUUCUAUGGUGGUGCGCUGCCAUCUUAUGUGCCCUCCUUACAACUGCAGUAAUCAUAGCCGGCAUCAUCGUCUUUGUUGGCUACUUGGUAAUCCACCCAAGAGUUCCGGUCAUCAGCGUUGUCGACGCUCAUCUCCUUCAUUUCAGCUAUGACGGAGCAGGGAUACUUGUGACGCAAAUAAACAUCGUGGUAAGGUCCCAGAAUGACAACAUGAAGGCUCAUGCUAGCUUCUCAAAUUUCAAUCUUGAACUAUUCUAUGAUGGCAUUAGAAUAGCAGUGCUGUCAACUGCGGCCCCCUAUGAAGUAAGAAAGAACAGUUCUGUUGAUUUUAAUUAUGAAUACACCUCGGAUCCUAUACCAUUGAAUCCCGAGCAAAUGGAUGAUGUUGAUGCAUACCUAAAAGAGGAUGAGGUACGCUUCGAUUUGAAAGGAGGUGUAAGAGCUCGCUGGAAAGUCGGGGUUCUUGGAUCAGUUAGGUUCUUGUGUCACUUGAAUUGUCAGCUACAUUUUCAUCCAUCAAAUGGAAGCUACAUAUCCAGACGGUGCACCUCCAAGGCUAAAUGAUUUCUUUCUUUCUUCCUCUUUUGAAUUUGGAUGCCUGUCCUUAGUUUUCUUUGUUCUUGAUUUCUCAUGUGCAUGUUCGCUUCUUUUUCUUAUUCCCUUCCUCUAGGAAAAGUGCAGGUUCAGUGCAAUAAUAAUAAGCUCAAAAAACAUAAAC